GGCACAUCUUAAUGACGUAGGCUAUGCUAUUGUUUGGUGAAAGCUGAGACGGGUUAGCAUUUUUGGUGGAACUGGUUAUCCCAAAAAUCUAUUUAGUAUUGUAUUGUAUUACUUCUUUGUAAUGAACAAAAACAAGGCCAGUGGCGUGUCGUGGGUGAAACCAGCGGAACCGUCCUUUCUGAAGAAGUUUAAAGAAGAUGUUGGUUAUAAAGAAGGACCGACUGUCGAUACUAAGCGCCAGGUGAUGCCAACCCUCGACGACGACGGGAGCGAUCGAGAGGAUGAGUUACCCCAAGUUGUGGUUCUAAAAGAAGGACACCUGACCGCAGAGGACGUAAAGAAGAUCAAGGACGAACUGCAUACUGGUGACGGCGCAGAGAAAGACGAUGAACCUCCUCCCGAUGGUAAAAUCCUGUUCAAGAAACCAGCCAAGCGCUCCUCCUCCGAUAAAUUCCAGGGCAUCACUGCCAGCUCCAGCAAAAAGAAGAAGAGCGAUGGAGGAGAGGAGGAGUCAGAAGAGAGAAAAUCUGGAAAGAAAGUAAAAAAUAAUAGCCUUCUGUCAUUUGGAGGGGAUGAGGAGGAAGAGGAGGACUAAAUGUUACUGGUGAAAUGUAAGUCUGUACUUAACCCCCUGUGACAACAAGGAAUCAAAGUGACAUUUGAAUAAUGGUCAAAUGUUUCAAAAUAUCGACAAAUAGAAACAGAGGUAAAAUGAACAGACAUUGUACUCAAAAUAUACUGUCUGGAGUUCAUCAACAUGUUGCAGCCUGUCCAUUCUGUAGUUCUUUUUUAAGGACAGUGCCAGUAUUUUUGAAUGUCUGAGCCAAAUAAUCUAUGCUUUGUAAUACUGACAACUCAAAAAUUUAGUACACUGUACAAAUCAACUUGCCAAUAUUCAAUUUAACAAAAUCCAUCAGAAUGAAUAUCUUGAUUACCCUGUUUUUGUUUCUUCAAAGUUCUAUUAUCACUGUAUGUACAGGGAUGAUUCCCAACUGUUUUCGUUGGGAAUCGAAAUCGAAAUCUAGCAGUCGGUACCGAUUCCAUCAAAAGUACACGAUGCUCGUUACCACGGUGUGGAAAAAACAAAAAAGGACAAUAAUACUUAAACAGUUGCAUAAUAAAAACCAAUUACAAAAUAGAUAUACAAUUCAUAUUUUAACAGUCGAACAUUAUAAAAGAACAACAGUAGUGGCAUGUAGGGGUGUUGAAAUGAAUCACUGCAUCGCGACGCAGACCUAGACAGUUCUGCAUCGAUGCAGUGACAGACCAUUAUCGAUUAUUAUUAUUAUUAUUAUUAUUAUUAUCGACCUACUUGUUGAUCUUCCAGUCGCUGCUUUUUUUUUGUUUUUGUCUGUCGGCUGUGUUUAAACUCCGCAAUAUUCAGGGAGUGUCUUUUUUAAGAGUAGAUACAAUAAAAGGGGGACAUAUA